AUGACGGGUUGCUUCUUCUGCAACGUGGUCGACCAUGAUGCAGAUGACUGGUACGUGCUCUUGGUUUCUGUUUGGUUAAGCUUGUAUCCUUCUCGGACCAGAUCGGCGCUCUGGGGAAGAAUCUGCUGACCGCAAUUCCUUCUUCAGCGCCAUGAUGACGCGGGUUUCGCCAGCCACGUUGGUGACUCACCUCAUCACGAACCGCGCCGGCAUGCCUCCCUGGAACACCCGGAUCAACUGGGUGGCUCUCGCCAUCGACCAGUGGGAUCUGGUGUGCUUCACCAUGCUGCCCCUCACCCGCGCUUUCGUCAAGAAGGUUUACAUUCUCGGAAAGCGUUGGACCGAGGUCAACGGCGUCUCUCCCAUCACCGACCCCCUCUUCAGGAACGCCAGCCUCGGGCUGCUCAAGACCCUCUCCAAGCCCAAGGGCGACGACCAGCUCAUGGAGGCGUCCCGAAUUCUUUGCUACCGCAAGAGUAACUGUGUUGACGGGUCCGAGCACACCGUCUUCAAGAACGACCUCGUCAGCAAGUACAUUCCCAAGGAAGGGGAGGUCGACCCCAGGCUCAUCGCCGACAUAUCGGCUUACCGUGAUCACGACCUCGCCGCCGCCAAAUUGCAGUUCACCAAAAAGAUGCCCAAGAAGGUGACCAAGGAGCGCAAAGGUCGGCGUGCCAUGAAGAGGGAGGCCGCGGCCGCUGCUGCCGCUGCUGCUACCGAGGAGGCUGCAGCUGAAUCGGGCGAGCAGCAAUGCCAGAACGAAAAAGAAGAGAGCAGCUCCUUGUCGGAAGGGGAAGAGGAUGCGCCCAUCUCAGAGAGGUUGAUGGAUCUCGCCGAUAGGAUGAACGAUGUCAUCGCCAACCUUCAAAAGAGUCUCAAUUCGUGAACAAAUGCCUGCCUCUUAAUUACAGUCUCAUUCGAGAUUAAACGGCGGAAACAUUCCCCGGUCCCUCGCAUCACCCUCGCCCUUUCGUUCGACGGUUUGAGC